UUAUAGUUGUGCAACAGAUAAUUGUGAAAAAGUUAGCUGGUUAUCAUGAGAUCUUUUCUGGUUGUUUUGCUAGUCGUAGUCGCGGGUGUAGUUUGUGAAAAGUACACCACGAAGUACGACAAUGUCGAUCUGGACGAGAUCAUCAAAAGUGACCGAUUGCUGAAGAACUACGUGAACUGUCUUUUGGAGAAAGGAAACUGCACUCCUGAUGGAACCGAACUCAAAAACGUUUUGCCUGAUGCUUUGCAUACUGACUGCUCCAAAUGUAGCGAUGUCCAAAAGAGGGGAAGCAAGAAGAUCGUACGACACUUGAUUGACCACAAACCAGAAUGGUGGAAGGAUCUCGAAGCCAAAUACGACAAAGAGGGCACAUACAAGAAGAAGUACGAAGAAGAAAUCAAAGCUAACAAAAAGGAAUAAAAUGUAUUAGAUUUAGAGAUAUAUCUGUUGUAAAUAAACACACAUAGUAAUGAC